UAUCGCGACGUCAUCCGCGCGCUAUGACUCCCGGACGUAGGGACGAUCGUCCACGCGAGGGAUAAAAAAGCCCUCUCGCCCUGGGAAAAAGCCCCCGCGAAGCCCACGAUCAUUCCGUUCGGCGGGAAUCGAUCGCUCGUCGCGAAAGGACGGGAUUAAAAGCGAAGACGGAAGGGUAUCUCCUGGUUACAUCGAGCCGCUUAAAACGAUCCACUCUCUUUCUCUCUCUCUCUCUCUCUCUGUCUUUCUCUUUCUCUCUCUCUCUCUGUCUCUUUUGUGAUUCCGAGAAUCCUGGCAGCUCGGAAUUUGCGGAAUUCUCUAAAAUAAUAUGUGAAAAUUGCGAGAAAACAGUGCGAACGGUUUAGCGUCCUGUCCAUUGGCUCUUUCGCGAUUUGGAAUGGUAAAAAGUGCAUUUUCAGCGACUCGGCUCGACCAACAACAAUGUUCCUACCGCGAAAUCCGUGAGAUUCUUCGAUUUAAACCGCGAUAACGCGUGAAAUCGCGGGAGAACGAAACCGACGAGUUUUUACUUUCCGUCGUUCCGCCAAAAGUGAUAAGAAAUGUCAAUUUCGCACGGCGUUCGCGAAAUUUGCCGAAUAAUUCGCUAUGUCGCGCACGGAAGUGCGAUAAAUAAUAAAAUGGGAUUUUCACGCCGUCGUGAUUUCGGGAUUCCCGAAGUGCGAUAAAAAUCCCGUCGAUUCUUCGGCGGACGAAUACACAAUCGCGGGGUAGAUUUACGUAGGCAGCGUCGCGGAGAAAGUGAAAGACGAAAGCGAACGAGAGGGAAAGUCGAAGGAUCGAAUGUGCCGAGUAAAAUAUACGAGGAGUAAUUGUCGUUGUUUCUCGCUUUGCGAGAAUCGAUCACCGCUGAUUAGCGCGCGGCGCGGUCAGACACGAAGGUGUGCGAUAGUUCGCACUUAAAGUACUGUGAUUUGUGACUCUGAGAUUUCAAUGAAAACUCGGAUCACGAGCGACGAGGAGCGAAACGAUCGAUAAGACGAUUCGCGAUACGUCGAUUCGAAGCGCCGCUUAAAUCGAUUUGCUAUGAAAAUUACUUUUUAAUUGAAAGCUUUGGGUCUCUUCGAAUCUCGCCGAGUCAAGAUCCAUCGUUAAGAAGUUUCUGCCGGAUCGCUGGACCUCGGAUGGAUCAUAAUGAAGAAUUUCGCCCAAGAAUGGCAAUUAUCGGAUUCCUGCGGAAUGUCGUCGAUCCCGCCGUCCGACUUCCCUUACCUUGAAUCCAAGAGCGCGGAAAAUGAAGAAGAUCAAGAGCAGCGAAGCGGUCGCGCCUCGUCGUCGAACUGGGUCGUCGUCACUUUGAAAUUCAAAACAAGACUUCGGGGCCAUCUCGGAUUUAAAGCCGGAAUACUCGUAUCGCUAUCGCGCUCGUUAGACUCGGUCUCGGUGAAAUCAAAUCCGUUUAACGAGCCGAAAAUUUGCUAUUUGACGAAAGGUGCGUAGGAAAGCGUGAAAAAAAAAAAAAGCGCUACUGUGCCUUGACAAGGACAAAAGAAAUAUUUAUAAAGACAGAAAGGGAGAAGAGUCGAGUGUCCCGAGAGGAAUAUUCCACAAAGGACAAGAAGAGAAAAAAAGAAAUCAAGAAGAAUCGGAAAUUCGACCAGCUCGAGCUUCUCGAUGGCCGCGAUGACGUUAAGGUCGACGACGCCGGCGCCGAUACCGAACGUUUCUUCCGGAACCUGAGUCUCUCCCGAUGUACAUCCGAUCCCGGAACCGAUUAUUGGAACAACAGGCUUCCGAAGAUCCGCGAUAAUCGCAUUGAAGCGCUUCAAAGCUCUACUUUAAGACGGUUUCAGGGAGCAUUCCGAAUUUGUACUGUCGCUUUUUCCCAUUUCCUCUCCCGGCGCUCGUUUAUUUGAAAACAAAGAAAAUAAAAGCGGAGGGAAAGCCUGGCACGUGGCCAAGAAUACGACGCAGAUAGACGACGUAAACAGACGAGAAACUCUCGAAAGCAACAGAGAGAAGAGAGAAAAAGAGAAAGAGAGAGAGAGAGAGAAAAAGAGAGAGAGAGAUUGGGCGCUCGAAGGUGGUUUUCGAAAGCGAUCGUGAGCACGCAAUCGAUGACGAGAUUCGAGACUGUCAGCUUUAUCGGUUCGCCUCGGAGGGAUGCCUACGGCGGAAAGGUGCAUGCUGCGGUCGAGUGAUCGAGAAGCGGAAACCCGCGGUCGAUGCGCACACACCAGAAGGGGAUGGAGAAAAGUCCUGGUUUUUCCCGCAACACGAGCCGAGAGAGCGUUCUCUUUCGCGCGGAUGCCGGAUUCGCUCGGAACAAUGGGCCCUCGAGGAUCCUGCCUAUAGAGAGUUCGAUGGAAUAAUUUAUAUGUCAACGAUAGCAAAAAGAAAGUGUGUCUGAUUCGUGUACAAUCUAAAAGCCUGCGUAAGUAGAAAAGAAAACCAGGACGAAGGUGCGGGUGUGAAGACGAGUAAAGGAUCGGAAACGCUUUACCUCAAAAUAGACGCGCGGUACGUGAUAGAGACUUCCCUCCGAUGAACGUAACGAGCGAGGCGGAUCGAAGAUCCUAGAUAACGAGGGACUGCCAAGGACGGCGCGAAGGGACACCCAAGUCGGCAAUUAAGAUGCGCCAGCGUGUGCCCUGGCCGUUGCUGCUCGUGAUUCUGUCGCUGCGGCGGUUGUCGACGUUGCAGUCGCGCUUGCACAGCGAGGCGGUCCUGAUUCCGGGCGACAUCGUCCUGGGAGGAUUGUUCCCGGUGCACGAGAAGGGCGGCGGCACCGCGUGCGGGCCGAGCAUCUACCAUCGGGGCGUGCAGCGCCUCGAGGCGAUGCUGUUCGCCGUCGACGAGAUCAAUCGCAACGAGACGAUACUGCCGGACGUCACGCUCGGCGUCCACAUCCUCGACACCUGCGGCCGCGACACGUACGCGCUCAAUCAGAGCCUGCACUUCGUCCGCGCGUCCCUGUCCAACAUCGACAUCAGCGUGCUGGAGUGCGCGGACAAGUCGACGCCCAGGGUGAAGAGGACCGCCAGCGCGGGACCUAUUUUCGGGGUGGUCGGCGGCUCCUACAGCUCGGUGUCCCUGCAGGUGGCGAAUCUGCUCAGACUCUUUCACAUCCCGCAGAUAUCGCCGGCUUCCACGGCCAAGGCGCUCAGCGACAAAACCAGGUUCGAUUACUUCGCGAGAACGGUGCCCCCGGACACUUUCCAGUCGAUCGCGUUAGUGGACGUGGUGAAGAGCGCCAACUGGUCGUACGUCUCCACCGUAUACUCGGAGGGCAGCUACGGCGAAUAUGGUAUCGAAGUGUUCACGCGCGAGGCCACGGAACGGAAUGUCUGCAUUGCGGCGGCGCUCAAAGUGCCAAGCGCAGCCAACGACAAGGUGUUCGACGAUAUUAUCCAACGUCUGAGCAAAAAGCCGAACGCCCGGGCGAUCGUCCUGUUCACCCGAGCGGAAGACGCCCGGGGCAUCCUCGAAGCCGCGAGACGAUCGAACCUCAGCCAGCCGUUUCAGUGGCUGGCCAGCGACGGCUGGGGCAGACAGAGCAAGCUGGUGGAGGGCCUCGAGGAGGAGGCCGAGGGUGCCAUCACCGUCGAGCUGCACUCGGAACACAUCCCUCACUUUGACAAGUACAUGGCGUCGCUCACCCCCCUGAACAACCGGCGGAAUCCGUGGUUCGGCGAGUAUUGGGAGGAGGUGUUCGGCUGCACCCUGCAGCGGAACCGCAGGUGGAACGGCUCCGGCAAUCAGAGUCUCACCUUCUGCUCGUCGGAUCUGAGAUUGACGCAGGCGAGCGGAUACGAGCAAGAGUCCAAGGUGCAAUUCGUCGUGGACGCGGUUUACGCGUUCGCGCUGGCGCUCAAUAAUCUGCGCGCCGAUCUGUGCGGCCGCCACACGGAGGGCCUGUGCUCGUCCAUGGCCAACUACGACCGCGGCGUGUUCUAUAGAAAUUAUCUGUUGAACGUGUCCUUUGUAGACGCCGCGGGCAGCGAAGUAAAGUUCGACGAGCACGGGGACGGCUUGGCGCGAUACGAGAUCCUCAAUUUCCGAAAAGGAACGAACAACAAUGGGGCGAACGGCUAUCACUAUCGGGUGGUGGGAAAAUGGUACAACUCCCUGGACAUCCGCACGGAGGAGAUGGUGUGGGCGCGAGGGACGAAGGACAUACCGAUCUCCGCGUGCUCGCUGCCCUGCGAGCCAGGUAUGAUAAAGAAGCAACAGGGUGACACUUGUUGCUGGGUGUGCGACCAGUGCGAGGCGUACGAGUUCGUCUACGACGAGUACACCUGCAUGGACUGCGGCCCCGGCUUGUGGCCGCAUCCCGACAAGCGCGGCUGCUACCAGCUGCCGAUCAAGCAUAUCAGAUGGAGCAGCGCCUUCGCCAUCGCGCCCGCGAUAAUAUCGUGCCUGGGGAUCGUGGCGACUUUGGCGGUGGCGUGCUUGCUCUUCCAGCACCGCGACACGCCGGUGGUGAGGGCUUCCGGCCGCGAGCUCACCGUGAUCCUGCUGGCGGGUGUGCUAGUCUGCUACCUGAACACGUUUGUGCUCCUCGCCACGCCGACCACAGCGAUCUGCGUCUUGCAGCGCUUCGGCGUCGGCGUGAGCUUUAGCGCCAUAUACGGCGCCCUACUCACGAAAACCAACAGGAUCGCCAGGAUCUUCGACUCGGCCUCGAGAUCCGCCGUGCGGCUGCGAUACAUCAGCCCCACGUCGCAGGUCUGCAUCGCCGCCGCGCUCAUUGCCUUUCAGGUGGUGCUCACGCUGGUGUGGAUGAUCGUCGAGCCGCCGGGCACCAGAUACUGGUACCCGGACCGCCGCGAGGUAAUCCUCAAGUGCAACAUCCAGGAUAUGAGCUUCCUGUUUUCGCAACUGUACAACGCCCUGCUGAUCCUCAUCUCGACCGUGUACGCGGUGAAGACGCGCAAGAUCCCGGAGAACUUCAACGAGAGCAAGUUCAUCGGUUUCACCAUGUACACGACCUGCAUCAUCUGGCUCGCCUUCGUGCCAAUCUACUUCGGCACCGGAAACGCCCACGAGACGCAAAUCACGACCCUCUGCGUGGCGAUCAGCCUGAGCGCGUCCGUCACCCUCGUCUGCCUGUACUCGCCCAAGGUCUACAUUAUCGUCUUCCAGCCGGACAAGAAUAUACGCGGCAAGGUCUACAUGGGCAGCACGUUCAAGAAGCAGUGCAGCAGCGCCGGCGCAUCGUCAUUGACGAAAUACACAGGCGAAUUGGCGAGCGAGAGUGUACCCCUGCAGGGUGCCCUGACGGUGGCGGUGCAGACGUCCGUGGGGGUCACCGAGAUCUCGCUAACGUCCAACACCACCACCAACGACAAGCCUAAUAACGAGCAAGUCGCGCAAUUGUAGGCUUAUGGCUAUUUAGGCGUGCACACGCGGACACACACGGACACGGCCUUUGUAAUUAAAUUAUAAUCAAUUAAAUCGUUGGACGGCGAGACACGUCCGGAGAGAAUGAAAAUUUAACGUGGAAUCACUAGCGUUGAUUCUUCAAUUUCGAUUUACUAUUCAAAGGAUAUACUUGUGAGUUGAAAUUUAAAAAUCAACAUCAGCGAAGACGCUGAGCGUCUCGCGUCGCGGUUAUCGUUAUCGUUCAUAAGAUCUAUAUCGUCGAGAAAGAAAUAUCGAGAUCAUCGAUCGUUAUCAUAAUCGCUGUUGCCAUUAUUGUUACUGUUGCCGUGCGUAAAUGACACAUAUAAGAGAAUACGCAUAUAUACGUACGUGUACGUGCAUUUAUUAAGUGUAUGUCGAGUGAUCCACUAAUUCUAGUCGAGCACCUCAUCCAAUAAGUAUAAUUUUCAUUAGGGAUGUAAAUCUGAUUUCGCAUUAAUUACUCGUUUAGUUUAUCGGACGUUCAACGUCCCUUGAUCAGCGCCUUUCGAUGAGAUAAUCGUACACAGCGGACAAUAAAUAAAUGUAUUUAAAGCGUGCGCAAUUAUCGGACUCCAGUAUAUCAAGAAUGUUGAUCGAUAAUGCAUUGUUUCGACUCGGCUGUUUCUCAACCUCCCCUUUUCGUAUGUAUUAUAUAGCAAAACCCACGGAACUGAUCAAGCGUUUCGAAAAAUUAUUGCAAAGCGCAUUAUUUUUCAAAUGUAUCAUGUUCAUAUCUUCUUCCGAGACCACGUAUAAAGAUCACCGCUGAAAAAUUCAUUUUCACAUACACUUUUUCGUCUCUUUUCUACCUUUUUGUUAAAUUAAAAAGUUUCACAGAAUUUUUCAAACGUUUGAUCAAAUUCGCGAGCGACUGCAAGAAGAGCAGUUAUUAUUGUACCGGCGAUUAAUUCCCGCGGUCGCCGAAGCCAAAGCGACGUACAAAAAAAAAUGAUAUCUUUUCUAUUGUAACGAGCGCGGCGAGAAAGAUAGAUUGGACCUGGAAUAAAACAAUUAUUGA